CCCUGAGUAAUUUAUUUCUGUUCGGCUCUGACGUUGUUGUUGUUGGGUCUCUACCCCUCUUGAUAAGCCCUCUCGUCGCUUCCCCCUUCUUUUAUUUAAGGCCUCGCUUCUCUUUAUCUCUAGACAGAGAAAAAGAGGAACACACACAAACACAAAAUCAAAUCUAUUUUUAUGUACACAUACUGAUAGAUAGAUAGAUAGAUAGAUAGAUAGACAGAGACAGAGACAGAGCAGGAUGAGAACAAGGAGGGGGCUAUGUUAUCCCAAGGUGAACAUGUGUUUGGAAAAGAAGAUGGCUGUGAAGAGGAUAGAUUUCGCCGGAGAAAAACUGAAUGCCAGGAAAAGGUCCAGGGUUUCGCCGGAGAUAGUCACAGAGUGUGAUUUGUUCGAUUCGUUGCCUGAUGAUAUUGUUGUUUGUAUUCUCUGCAAACUCAGCUCCAACGCUGCCUGUCCUGCUGAUUUAAUCAACGUUCUAAUAACGUGCAAAAGAUUAAGCGGUUUGGGCCUUCAUUCUCUCGUUCUCUCUACAGCUUCUCAAAAAAUUUUCUCCAUUAAACCUAAGAACUGGUCUGAGUCAGCUCACAGAUUCCUCAAACAGUGUGCCGAUGCCGGAAACGUUGAAGCUUGCUACACUCUUGGCAUGAUUCGCUUCUACUGUUUGCAAAACCGAGGCAGCGGAGCUUCCUUGAUGGCCAAGGCUGCGAUUAACUCCAAUGCGCCGGCGCUCUACUCGCUCGCCGUCAUUCAGUUCAACGGAAGCGGUGGCUCCAAGAACGACAAGGACCUCAGAGCCGGUGUGGCUCUCUGUGCGCGUGCCGCUUUUCUCGGCCACAUAGACGCACUCCGCGAACUCGGUCACUGCCUCCAAGACGGCUACGGCGUCAGGCAAAACAUCGCCGAGGGACGACGAUUCUUAGUCCAAGCCAACGCGCGGGAGCUAAGCGCUGUGCUGUCCACGACUCCAUCGGCGUUAACAUCCGGCUCGAGGCUGACGUGGAAUCCAUUGCCUCACCAUCGCCACAUGGCCGGGUCAGGUUGUCCUUUACUGAGUGAUUUCGGAUGUAAUGUUCCGGCACCGGAAGCUCACCCGGCGAGCAAGUUUUUGACGGAGUGGUUUGAGGCACGGGGAGGAGUUCCUGGUCCGGGGCUCCGAUUAUGCUCGCAUUUGGGUUGCGGAAGACCCGAGACCAGAAGGCAUGAGUUCCGGAGGUGCUCGGUGUGUGGUGCUGUGAAUUACUGCUCGCGUGCGUGUCAAGCACUCGAUUGGAAGAUGCGCCACAAAGCAGAAUGCGCACCAGUGGAACGGUGGGGCGAUGAGGACGGAGAUGGUGAUAUGAACGGCGACGGAAAUGUGAAUGGCGAUGGUAAUGGAGUGGUUGAGGGGGAUGGGGAAGGUAAUUUUGAUGUUAUUGGGGAGAGUUGACGGUGAGGGUGACGUGCACCGUGACGGUAAUGGCACGUGAGUCUUUAAAAUUGAAAAUCAGAGUGAGAAGCAGAGUCUAAUACGGAAGGCCCAUUUUUGGAUGGAAAAAAAAAAAUCCAAUUUUCCUUUUGUUAUGGUCCAAUGUUUUAUAUUUAUACAGAAGAGGUAAUUAGAAAGUUUCAAGGGGGCCUUUUUGUACAAUAUUUUUACCUAUCUGACUACCUUAAAUUUCCU